AUGGCGGAACAGAGCUUCAAAGAGCAGCUCCUGCAGCUGCUGGCUGCAACCCGAGAUCUCCACUUGAAAGAAGAACGGACACCUAACGGAACGUCGGAUGUAGAGACCGAAAGCUCCGAGCACCCUCUGGUUGUUCUUUCUGCCCUGGCAGCCAGACUGCAGCGAGAUGGCAAGGAGAAAGAGGCAAAUACAAUCCUGCAGGUCGUCAGCAUUGCCACGGCGUCCCCCGACUACGGCGGCAUGGGCUUGGCCUGGAACGGGCUCGAGAGUCUGAACUCCAACGAUCGACGGGGGGGACCGAUCGUUCCCCUAGUGAGCCGGCCUGCCGGUCGCCGACCCAUGAAUGUUACAGAAAAGAUAUUCGCUCUGCAUGACGUGACUCGCACAGGAUGGGUCCGAACAGGGGACACAAUUAGAGUUUCUGUCGACUGGAUCAUGGCUAGCGAGGCUAGCUGGCAUGGUAUGCUUCAAGUCUACAACAAGCUAGGAGAUCCCGGUAUCUUUUCGAACUCCAACUUUUGGCUGGCUGGCGAUCAUGUGGUUGAUCCGAGGCUGAUGGAUACGCCUCUUGUUCAGAAACUGGUUGGCGAGAUGGACUUUGCUCGCAAGAAGUUCAAAAUGACACAGUUCCAGGGCAACAACUACACCAUCAUGCACACCGAGUUCUACCGUGAGCGGGCCCAACCAGGCCAAAUCAUCAUUGGCUCGGAUUCGCACACGUGUAGCUCUGGGGCCGAUGGCUGUCUUGCGAUUGGACUGGGCGCAACCGAGGUCACGAUGGCUCUCGUCACUGGAGAGAUCUGGUUCAAAGUUCCUGAGGUUGUCGAGAUCCACCUGGUGGGCAAGCCCCAGCGUGGAGUCGGAGGUAAAGACAUCAUCCUCUACAUUCUCCAGCAGCUUAAACGGAAUACGGUGGCUGCGGACCGGGUUGUCGAGUACACAGGCCCCGGUUGCCGAUGGUUGAGCUCCGACGCCCGCUUCGCAAUUGCAAACAUGACUACCGAGUUCGGUGGUAUCACGGGGAUAUUUGCUCCCGACGAAGUCACCAAGGACUUUAUCGAUGCCCGCAAAACAGCCCACCACAGGACUGCAUCGUACUACUUCAAGCCCGAUGAAGGAUGCUUCUAUGCGGAGUCACAUACUAUCGACGUCUCUCUGGUCGAGCCCUUCGUGGCCAAGUACCCAAGUCCCGACGACGUUGUACCAGUGUCCGAUGUGGCAGGUACUCACCUCGAUGGUGUUUUCAUCGGCGCUUGUACGACAGCAGAGGAAGAUCUUGUCAUGGGCGCGCUUGUGCUGCAGGCUGGCCUGGACGCGGGGAAGAAGCCGGUGGCCCGGGGAGAGCGCCGCGUCGUCCCCGGGAGCCGCCCAAUCGCCGACUACCUUCGUAAGACAGGCCUCGCAGACAUUUACGAGAGGGCGGGCUUCAUCAUCGGCAUCCCUGGAUGCAGCUACUGCGUUGGUAUGGGCGCUGACAUGGCCAAACCUGGGGAAGUCUGGCUCAGCAGUCAGAACCGCAAUUUUGUGAAUCGUAUGGGCAAGGGGGCUAUCGGCAGUUUGGCGUCCGCUGCUACGGUGGCUGCGUCGUCUUUUGACAUGGCUGUCACUUCUCCACAAGAUCUUAUUGACCUCAUCCCGGAGGAUCGAUGGGCCGCCGUCAAGGGUAAAGGAUCCCUUGCCGAUGGUACCCUCAGCCAACCGCAAUGGGUGGAGCCUCCAGGCCAAGACGCCGAAGAGAAUGCGAACGUAGCGGAGGACCAGGAACCCAGCCCGUCCGGUGAGGACGCGGCCGCCGACCAGGCUAAGCCCGGCUCCGGGACCAUUAGGAGUAAGAUCUUCCGUCUAGGAGAUUUUGUUGAUACCGAUGCGCUCGCACCGGCGCAGUACCUUCUCACAUCCAAGAACAACGAGGAGCUCGGCACUCAUUGCCUCGAGUUCACUAACCCGGAAUUCCGGCAACUCGUUAAGGAAGGUCACAAAGUCAUUGUCGCUGGCGAUGCAUUUGGCUGUGGAUCUAGUCGUCAAGAGGCUGUGCAAGCUUUACUAGGCGUCGGUGUUGAAUGUGUGAUUGCAAAGGCAUUCGCGUUCAUUUACAGCCGAAACCAGCCGUCUUUGGGUCUGUGGGGCUUCACCAUUAACGAUCCCCUGUUUUACGAGAAGGCGCAGACCGGAACCAACAUUGAGAUCGACCUGGAUCGCAACGUGCUGACUGUCGACGGCGAGACAUUUGAAUUUCAGCUGUCAGUGCUCGAGAAGAAGUUGACCAAAAUGGGCGGCAUGACGAAUGCCUUCAACCAGUUUGGCAAACGCAUCUACGACGUCUUGACAGGUCGCAAAGCCUCACAAGGCGGUGUCGCAAAGGAACUCAAGGCUAAACCUGCCCAAGAUGUCAUGGCAUGGUGA